CUGGUGGAUUUCCGUGACUAAUUAAUAAGCAGCUCAUUCUGUCCGGUCCAGUGGAAUAAUGUGAUUUAUUACCAUCACCUGGAAUCAUGUCUCCUGCUGGAAAUAUCCCACUUUCACCUGGACGAGGCUGAGAGAAGAAGAAGAACAAGAAGAACUGAAAGAGGGAAGAAACGAAGCUGGAGGUUCGGAGAAUCUGCACUUCUGGUGUCGGAUGGUUUUUCUCUCGCUGCGGGGAUGGAGGGAUGAAUCCGGGAGAGAAGAGGACGAGGAAGAGCGAGAAGGAGAGAGGAGGAUGUAGGUGCUGGACGCGCCCAGUGGAGGAACCGGAGGAAUUUAUACCUGGAGGAUUUUUACCUCGGAAAGAUUUUAUUCUCUGGAGCCUCUGAGGAGAAACAGCAGGAUGGGAUUAGGAGGAAUAACUGAAUAAACACCAGGAGAGAAGAGGAGAGGAGAGGAGAGAGUGAGGAUUGUGGGCCGGCGGUCUGAUCCACCAUGCUGAGUCCCCACGGUCACAUGUGAAUCCUGUAACAUGUGCAGAAUGCUUCUACAUCUCUGAAGGUGUCCAGGUGUCCGACCAGGUGAGGAUGCUGACCAUGGAGAGGCUGUUGCUCUGCGUGAUCCUGGCGGUUUCCAUGACGGUGCGGGCGCAGAUCUGUCCGAAGCGCUGCGUCUGCCAGAUCCUGUCUCCGAACCUGGCGACGCUCUGCGCGAAGAAGGGUCUGCUGUUUGUGCCGCCAAACAUCGACAGGCACACGGUGGAGCUGCGGCUGGCCGACAACUUCGUAACAAGCGUGAAAAGGAAAGACUUUGCAAACAUGACGCGGCUGGUGGACCUGACAUUAUCCAGAAACACCAUCUCAUACAUCACACCUCAUGCCUUUUCAGAUUUAGAAAAUCUCCGAGCGCUACACCUCAACAGCAACCGGCUGACGAGGAUAGGCAACGACACGUUCAGCGGGAUGUCAAAGCUUCACCACCUGAUCCUCAACAACAACCAGCUGGUGCUGAUCCAUCAGGGAGCGUUCAACGACCUGCUGGCGCUGGAGGAGCUGGACCUGAGCUACAACAACCUGGACUCUAUUCCCUGGGAGGCCAUUCAGAGAAUGACAAGCCUUCAUACGCUGAGCUUAGACCACAACAUGCUGGAUUACAUUCCAGAAGGAACCUUUUCCCUUCUGCAGAAACUCAACCGGCUGGACGUCACGUCCAACAAGCUGCAGAAACUCCCACCAGACCCCCUGUUUCAGCGGGCGCAGGUCCUCGCCACAUCAGGGGAGAUGACUCCCUCGUCGUUCGCGCUGUCGUUUGGAGGAAAUCCUCUCCACUGUAACUGUGAGCUGCUGUGGCUGCGGAGGCUGAAGAGGGAGGACGACCUGGAGACCUGCGCCACACCCGAGCACCUGGCUGGCCGAUACUUCUGGUCCAUCUCUGAGGAGGAGUUCCUCUGUGAGCCGCCGCUCAUCACCAGAUUCUCCCAUGAGAUGAGAGUCCUGGAGGGACAGAGAGUCGCUCUCAGGUGUAAAGCAAGAGGUGAUCCAGAACCAGCCAUUCACUGGAUCUCUCCUGAAGGCAAACUGGUGUCCAACUCCUCCAGAACCUUGGUUUACAGCAACGGGACUCUGGACAUCCUCAUCAGCACGGUGAAAGACACGGGCUCCUUUACCUGCAUCUCGUCCAACCCGGCCGGCGAAGCCCACCAAACCGUGGAGCUGGUCAUCAUCAAACUGCCUCACAUCUCCAACAACACCAACAACAUCCAAGAACCCGAUCCGGGUUCGUCAGACAUUUCCACGUCGACCCGAGGCGGCGCCAACGGCAGCAACGUGACGGGCGACGUGAAGGGCGGCGUGGACAAGCGGGUGGUGACGGCCGAGGCCAGGUCGUCCACCGCGCUCAUCAAGUUCAACUUCCAGAGGAACAUUCCCGGCAUCAGGAUGUUCCAGAUCCAGUACAACGGCAGCCAGGAUGACUCGCUGGUUUACAGAAUGAUUCCUCCUUCCAGCGAGAACUUCCUGGUCAACAACCUGGCCGCGGGGACGCAGUACGACCUGUGUGUGCUGGCCAUCUACGAUGAUGUCAUCACGUCGCUGACAGCCACGCGAGUGGUGGGCUGUGUGCAGUUCACCACCGAGUCGGAGUACAUGCGCUGCCACUUCAUGCAGUCCCAGUUCCUGGGCGGGACGAUGAUCAUCAUCAUCGGAGGGAUCAUCGUGGCCUCGGUGCUCGUCUUCAUCAUCAUCCUGAUGAUCCGCUACAAGGUUUGUAACCCUGGAGAAGGAGGCAAAGGCGUUUCCAUGUCGAUGACCAAUGUCCACUCGCAGACCAACGGGCAGCAGACGCACGGCUGCAGCGUCAGUCCCAGCUCCUCUAAACUCGGAUCAGUUGGAUUGGAUGAUUUGUCUGGCGGCUCAAAGAAAAAGAGCUGCGCUGCGGCGGCGGGCCCCGGGGACAAGGACACGCUGACUCAGUCCUCUGAAUGCUCCCUGCCUGACUGCUCCACAGCCACGUCUGUCCUGAGCCAGAGCUGGGCGGCGCGGAGCCCCGCGGCCGGAGGGGAAGACCGGGACAAAGUGGCCGAGCAGAGGCCUCUGACCGGCGCCGGGUCACCCACCGCCGCCUCCGGGUCCCUGCACAAGCCCAAGAGGAAACCGGCUCCCGUUCAGCCCGAGAGCCGCCCGCCGCCCUCCUGCGCCCCGUUGGAGAACCUCAACACCAACCGCAACAACUCCACCAGUCUGAACAAAACCCCACCGCCUCCCUUCGUGCCCUCACCGUUCUCCGGGCCUCUGUUGGCCUCCAGCCCGGUUCCUUGCAUGCGGUUCAGAGAAACGCCCAUCCUGCGCAGGGCUUCUCGCCCCGUCUCCUCUGCAAAAUACCAGACUCUCCCUGCGGAGGAGGGAGGCCGGAGCAGGGCGAGGAGGAGGCACUCGCUCAGCGAAGAAGGCACAAAAACUCAGUCGCCCCAUCCGAGGGCCGGAGGGGCGAGGCUGGGCCGCAUGACGCGGAACAAACGGAGCCAGUCCAUGAGCGGGAUGCUGCUGUCGAAAGAAGAGGACGGCGACUCGGAGAAAGGGCGCUGCAAGUCGGACUGGAUCUUAGAAAGUACCGUGUGACGCAGUUCCAGGCAGCGACCGACACAGGAACUCUGGUUCCCAAGUACUUAUUUAGCUGUGUGUGAAUUUGGGGUGUGUGUUUGGGGUGUGUGUGUUUGGAGUGUGUGUUUGGGGUGUGUGUGUUUGGGGGUGUGUGUGUUUGGAGUGUGUGAAUUUGGGGUGUGUGUGUUUGGGGUGUGUGUGUUUGGGGUGUGUGUGUGUUUGGGGUGUGUGUGUGUUUGGGGUGUGUGUGUGUUUGGGGUGUGUGGGUGUUUGGGGUGUGUGUGUGUUUGGGGUGUGUGUGUGUUUGGGGUGUGUGUGUGUUUGGGGUGUGUGUGUUUGGGGUGUGUGGGUGUUUGGGGUGUGUGUGUGUUUGGGGUGUGUGUGUUUGGGGUGUGUGUGUUUGGGGUGUGUGUGUUUGGAGUGUGUGAAUUUGGGGUGUGUGUGUUUGGGGUGUAUGUGUGUUUGGGGUGUGUGUGUUUGGGGUGUGUGGGUGUUUGCGGGUGUGUGUGUGUGUGUUUGGGGUGUGUGUGUUUGGGGUGUGUGUGUGUUUGGGGUGUGUGGGUGUUUGGGGUGUGUGUGUGUUGGGGUGUGUGUGUUUGGGGUGUGUGUGUGUUUGGGGUGUGUGUGGGUUUGUUUCUUCACCUGAAGAGUGGUUCAACCUCUGAAUCAGUUCUAAUUUGUUUUCAUGGUUGAAUUUAGUUUUGAAGUGUGUUUAUUUGAUUGACUUGUUUUCUGUAUGGAAGUUUUUUUACCUCUUUCUUUUCAUCUUGUUUUUUGUAUUCUGUUUACAGUUUUGUUCUCACAUUAUCCUUUGGUAAAUGGAUAAAUGCCUUGUCUCGUAGCGUUGGAGUUGUCUUACUGGAUCCACUUUAUAGCACAAAAGAAAAAAAACAAGACAAUGUGCUUGUCACGUCAUUUCUGAAUUCACAUUCACCGUAUCUGAAGGCACCACAGAAGGGAAAUUAAUAAAGCAAAGAAGACGAUGAAGAACCCUGCAGCAAGAAGAAAAGCACAUCAUUUUUAACAGGUGCACAUUUGCAUACAGUAUGCAGUCAUUGUGUGGCAAGAGAACAGCAGUUGGUGCCUUCUUUUGCACUGACAGACCCUCCCUAGCAGUAACUAGAUCUGGAUUUAUGACUUCACCGCAGCUCCACUAACGAGAGUCUGGAGGAAGCGGAUUCAACGAAGGAAGAGACGGAUUUCACACAUAGCCUUUCUUACCUAAUGGGGAGGACUGACAUUUUCUUGACAUAUAAAGACAAGAAAUAACAAACAGAAGAACAUUUUAAAGGACCUCUUAUGAAAUUGUUAUUUUUAAACAUGAGAAGAAAAAGAAAACGUGAUUAUCUUGUGAGCUUUUCACUGACAUUGGUCAACUUUAGCCUGUUGGUCACAAGCUCCCAGAAACCUUCUGUACAGAAAAAGACAACAUGUACCGUGUUGUUAUGUUGUGUAAAAUAAAACCGGUUAAAACUAAA